AUGUUCCGACCUCAGUGUGGUUUUCGACAAAUGUUAGUCUACUUUAUCCUAAAUUCUAUUCUCUACAGUUCCUGGCUGCUUGGCAUAUUUCCAUUUAAGUAUGAGCCUAAGACCAGAAGAUUACGUCGCUCCAAGUGGAUAAUCGUCUUUGGAAUUGCCCUGAGUUCUAGCCUGAUUUUCCUCAUGUUGAAACACGAUGGAGAGGCCCAGGAAGGAGAGGAGAAGUUGGAUGUAUUUCAGCGGAAUUUUGUACUGGAUCAAAUUAGUUUGCUAUUGGGAAUUGUCGGAGUGCUGACCAUAUGUGCCAUGUAUGUGCGAACCUUCUGGAGAAGCAGAAAUCUGGAGGAGAUAUACAACGAGCUGUUGAUACUGGAAGUGAAAUACUUUGGCUCUGAUUUUGUGGAGUGCCGCAAAUUCGAUAGUUUUGUGAUCCAAAAGGGAUUCCUCAUUGUCGGAGGAGUGGCUUCCACAUGGCUGGUGCACCUCGGAAUGCCCAAUCAAACGAUGCCAAUAAUGAAUGUCUUGGUAAUUUCGUUGGUCAAGUUCGGAACCGUUCUCCUUUCCAUACACUUUCAUCUUGGGCUGGCCUUCAUCUACCGAUUUGUAUGGCUCAUUAACAGAGAACUCCUCGACAUGGCUAACUAUUUAAGGGUCAAUCCUUCGGCUAGCUUCUCCAGAGUUCGACUUCUCCUCAAGCUCUACUGCAAACUGGUGGAUCUCUAUGGAAGACUAACCGAUUGCUAUGACUAUCAGACGGCCCUGAUGAUGGUUCUCUAUCUGGCAGCCAACAUCAUACUUUCUUUCUAUAUGAUCGUCUACACAAUCAGCUUGAGCCAGAUGUCCAUAUUCGUAAUGCUGAUCAUGUUUCCUCUGGCACUGCUCAAAAAUUUUCUAGACUUUUGGAUGAGCAUUGCCGUAUGUGAUUUGGUGGAAAAAACUGGCAGACAAACUUCAAUGAUUUUAAAGUUAUUCAAUGACAUUGAGAAUAUGAAUAAGGAGCUAGAGAGAAGUAUAUCAAACUUUGCCUUAUACUGCAGCCAUUGCAGAUUCAAAUUCCUUUACUGUGGACUGUUUCAUGUGAAUCGUGAGAUGGGUUUCGAAAUGCUCGUCACAAGCGUUCUGUACCUGCUCUUCUUGGUGCAGUUUGACUUUAUGAACUUGUGAUUCCCCAGGCUUUCAAUUAGUGGGGAUUUUCUCAAGAGCUGUCACUAAGUUUGCCAGGCAGACACAGUCGAGAGAUGCAAUAUUAAGCAGGUGACAUCAUGGCAAUAAAGGCUGAAUCACUGGCCCUACAAACUGUUGUCGUCAAGUGAAUAAGGCGAAU